AUGGGGUGCAUGGCGCGCAAGACCGUGGACGUCCCCAUCGCUACAGCCCCGGCCGCUACAGCUUCCGCUGCGUCGCUAUCCAGUGCAACAGCGUCACUUGCUACUACAGCCGAUGGCAGCAUCGCCAAGCCCGGUGACGCUGCCCCUUCCAGUGCGGCACUGGGGCCGGUGAUUUCCUACCACGGCACUCACAACCACAGCCAGCCGGGCCCCUGCUCUCUCAGCCUCCCCAACUGCGUUGCGGCCGCCUCUGCUGCUGCGCCAGCGGGAGACAUGCACGAGCCUGCGCCUGCUUCGCCAGGAGCUGACGGGGCCGUCGGUGCUGCUGCGGUGGUGCCCCAGAGGCGGACGGAUCACGAGAGAAGAACGGCGGUGGCAGAGUCAGCAGAGGUGGCUGCUGGCAGUGGCACAGGUGCGGCUGAUGCGGCAUCUGCUGUGGCCCCGCUUGGGCUGACCCACCGCCUGAGCCUCAACUCCACGGUGUCUCUCGAACCGUGUGCUGCUGACCGUGUGCUGCUCUCACCCGCCUCCGCUGCUGCCCACCCCGCGCUCACUCUCACCCUCGCCACGCCCGCCACCGCUCACGAUUUACCUGCACCCGCACCAGCAGACGCCCAGAGGCCCAGUACCGCGGAAGCAGCGGCGGCGGCAGCGGCGGCGGAAGCAGGGGACUCUGGGAGCUGCACGGAUGAGCCGAUGACGGAGCAGUCAAAGCAGAGCCCCGCGGGCACACGGGGGUCCAUGGAGGUGGGGUCGGUGCGAGCUGAGGGGGGGCACCUUGCGUGCUCGCCUCCUGCAUCUGCCAGGUCGCACUCGGUGGAGGCGCAACCAGAGGAGAAAGGCGACGUGGCACAGAGAGGGGGCAGUGGGGUGGGGCGUCAUGGAGAGGAACGAGGCAUGGCUGUUCAUCCCCAGUUGCCCUCUUCUGGGUCUCACCCGCAGUGUGCACCAUCUGCACCUGUCAGAAGCACAGAUCACCAAGGGGAACGUGGUAUAGAUGAGUCAGCAGCACGCCACCUGGCAUUGUCUGAUAGGGACUGGAACGUUAUUACAGAGGGCAGUAACCAGGAAGCCAAGAGGAUACGUGUGGAGUGGGGACAGACUGGGACUGGUGCUCCAGGGGUUUCCACAAGAGGGGCUAUUCCUCUGGUUGCUGCAGUGGCUACCAAUUCCACUCGUGAAGGAUCUGCACAUGUGGAUUCUUCAAAGGAGAAGAGUAGCACACUUAGCCAUUUACACGCGCACCAUAUCUCUUUCUUCCACGACAUAAGCUUUGUUCCAUCCGCGAGCUUACAUCGAAAGCGAGCUCGUACCGACUUCAUGGCGUGGAUAAACCUGUCGCGGAAUCGCACCAAGUCUAAGAGCUUUAGCGACACGUGGAAGGUCCUUCAGCUCGGAUCCACACGCCCCGCCAUUGCCGUUCCCACCGCACCAAAUCAGUGCGACACAGACCUUCCCCUUCCCCUUCCCCUCCCUUGCGCUCCGCGUAUCUGCCGAUCCGCCGAUCCUCGUUGCCCACCGCGACCAUCAGCGCGGUCCCACGAUGAAUCGUCGCCUCUCUCUCUCCCGCCUGCCCUGCCGCAUCUCCCGCUCGCGUCUCUCGCGGAGUCUCCCGUACCUGGCGCGACCCAGCCAUCAUUGCCGUCGGUUCUGCCCGAGCCUGUUCCUACAGUGUUCCCGUUCGGCCCAAUCCAAGCCAUGCGAUGCCAGAGAGGCAAGGGCAUCGCUUCCCGUGAACCGCUGGCGGGGGAAGGGGGAGAGACGUGCGCUGAGAGGGGAGGCGCAACGGUGAAUCCGCUCGGCUCGGGGUUGCCCGCUUCGCAGCUGCAGCUUGUUCUAGUUUCGGAGGAUACGACCGCCCUUCCCCCUCCCGCUGAGGAACCUUCCGCGUGGCCGUGGACGUGGCAGGAGCGCCUCCGCGCAGCCAAGCGCCGGCGGAUGGACGCGGGGGCGUGCGCGGAAGCGGCGCACGGGGAAGCUGGGGGGGCUGGCGGAACACAAGAUUGGGGGAAAUUAGAGGCGGGAUCGGAGGAAGAGAGGCGGCGGAAGCAGCGGCUGGGCAUUCUGAGCGGGAUGCGCCAGAUGCUGGACAGCCCAGGUUUCGCCGCUGCCCGCGGGCAGAAGAGAAAAUUUGUCGUCCGUCAAGGUGGCUUGAAGCACCGCGUGCCGGCAACGCGAGGCGCCUCGAGUGCGAGCGGCAGCGGCGACCAAUCGAGUGAGAAUACCAACUCCGAGGAGCGCGCGGCGGAAGCCGCCAGGGAGGCGGAAAACGCACGCGCGGCAGCUGGUGUCGUGACUCUUGCAGCGCACGACGCGGCGCAACUAGCCGUUGGAGGGCGCGUGGACGCGGCUGCCGGUGUAGACUCGACUGGCGCCGCGGCGCCGCAUCACACGCGGGAGCUGGGCUCCAGUGUUAUGACCGUGCGCUUCGGCGGAACCUCCUCGGGGAGAAACGGCGGAAGAAGUGGGGGCAGCGGACGUGGCGGGGAGUACGAGGUGGAGUCAACGCAGUGCGCGGCGGAGAAGGCGGAGGAGGGGUCGAGCUUGGCGGAGCGCGCGGGGGCAGCGCAUCCGAGCGCUUCACCUGGUACGGAUCCGGAUGAGCCGGAGCGCGCAGGGGAGGAGCGGAAGACAGCCGAGGCGCAGACGGCAGCGGACGGCGUUGCCGGAUGCUUCCCUGUGCGUCGUCGUCAUAGCCAUCCCAGCCCACUGGGGAGAACCCUUGCUCCGCCAUCCACUACCUCUCCUCCUGUGCAGCCGCGCAUUGGCAGUGCGCCGCCCGUUCUCCCCCGCGCACUCCCCAGCGCGCCCUGCACCGCUCUCACCUUCCCCCUCCUCUCCCCAGACACUCCCCACCGUCCCCGACUCUCCAACCCUUCUAGAUCGCAACAACCGUCCCCGCUACCAUGCCGAGUCACCAUAGCUCUGGCCGAGCCUCUGCAGGCUCGGCAAACUAGAGAUCCGGAAGCUACAGAGGCGGCAGCAGAGGCGGCAGUCGCACCUGAGGCGGCAGGCUCAGACUCAGCCGUGGCAGCAUCAGCAGCAGCGGCGGCGAUUGCAGCGAGUGUGGAUUUCCCGCUGUGGGUGCGGCAGCUGCAGGCAUGCGCGGGGGCAGGCGAGGAGGGGCGUGCGUCUGAGUGCACGGGGGAAACACCCGGGUCCAUGCUGGAGGUGCCUCAGGCGCAGCCCGAUAUGGAAGGCAGCGAUGCCAGCGGUGGCAGUGGUAGCAGUGGGGAAGGCAGUGCGGGUGAGGAGGUGGAGGAUGAGGUGGAGAGCAGGGGGGCCAAGAAGGGAUGCGAGGUAUAG